AUGACACCCUUCAAGCUUGUCUAUGGUACGACAUUGCCGAUAGAAGUCGAGGACAAGGCCAAUUGGGUGGUUAAGCAAUGCAAUAUGAAUCUAGCCCAAGCCAGUGAAGAGAGACUUCUAGAACUACCAGAAUUGGAGGAAUUACGCCUUGAAGCCUAUGAAAACCCAAGAAUCUAUAAAGAAAAGUCAAAACUAAGGAAGAAAUUCAAGGUUGGUCAGAAAGUGCUGCUUUACAGUUCACAUCUCUCACUCAUGCCCGUUGAGAUUAGGAGCCUGAAAACAGGGAAGGAGUUCAAGGUGAACGGGCACCGCCUUAAAAUAUUUAAUGAAGGGGAAGUCAACUCAGCUUACUCGAGUUUUCUGUUGACUCUGCCUUCUAUCAUUUGA